CAAAGAUCGAUCCGAGAACAUGUCGCGGAUUAGAGCAGAACCGGAGUUCUACAAUCGUGGUUCUAUCAGCGUAGUUUAAAAAAAAAGUGUAUCAUCAGUGUGGUUUGGAAAAAAAACUCUUCGAAAGAAAAUUGUAUAACACAAAGUUCUACACCGAGCGUUACCGCAUGUUUGUUCGCGACGAAACAUUUGAUGAACAUUUGAUCGAGAAAUAUCCCCACCCCUCUCUUUCCUCUCUUUUUCCAGUAGAAUAUUAAAAUCCUUAAAUGAUUACACAAGAACUGUAUCCGAGCGUAGAUACGAGAUUGUAUUUGCUCUACAUCGUAAUUAGUGCCGAUGAAGUAGAAUCGAAAUCGCGAGUGCAAACAUCGAUGCUUCGUUCCCAAAUAAAAAUCAAGAAUAUAGCUUUCAAACAAACAACAAACGUUUUAAUCUAAAAAAAAAAAAAAAAAAAAAAAAGGCGCGCCUAACAAUGUAAAAAUUGCAAAAAGCUUUCACCGUAAAAUGAUUCCCAUCCGUUUGGUUUUGGAGUGGCGGUCAUCGAUUUGAUGUUUUUUCACAAAGUGAAAAAAUUUCGAAUCAAUCUUUUGUUAAUGAACACUUAUCGAAACUUCGCCGCGAAGUUAAAUUAGUUGAGCGGAGAGGAUUGCCGUCAGAAAGACGUCAGUAUACUGUUUAACGGUACGCUCUUGGAAUCGGUUGCUACAAGUUUGUUUAGAUGCCGCAAUAUGUAACACAUAUUUGUGUGUGUGUGUGUUUCAUGCAUAAAUUACACACACACACACAGACAUGUGUACGAUAUUAUGUCACAUGACAAAUGCACAAAUAUUUUUAUUCGACAUCUUUCGCGAAAAAACUGUUGAAUGAAAUAUAUGCACGGAGAAUAUUUGACGAGAAACAAACCAAUUGUCAAUUCGAAACGAAAAUGACGUGUUAACGAUUUUUGAAUUUCGUUCGCGAAAGACAAAUCCGUUGAGACAAAGUGACGAAUAUAUUAAAGCGCACGAAUGUGUGCGUCCGUCAAAUGCGCAUACAUAUAUAUAUAUACAUAUAUAAUCGUGAACUAUAUUCUCGUCUCGCCCUAUUAUUGCACUAGCAAGCGCAUUAAAAUUUCACCGCUCUUUACGGGUGUUGGUACGAAACAUAGUAUCCAACUGUCACUGUGAGUUAGAUUCAUUUUCGAUGAAUAUUGCAACAUGUAAAUCCAGGCCUCUCUUGAACUUGCUCUACUGUCAACUUCUCCUCACCCUGACCCCGUCUUCGGUUUAAUGCGCUGUUCGCGUUUCCAUCCCGUCCCGGACAAAAGUUUAAAUACGCUCGCAAUAUAUACGGGCGGUUUAUUAUCGUUUGACGUCUCACACGAGAGACGAGAUGUCUCUACGAAGUAUUGUCGAGAGAUUCGAAGCGCAUUAUUUUCCGAAAGAGGGUGGGAGAGAAAGAGAGAGAGAGAGAGAGAGAGAGAGAGAGAGAGAGAGAGAGAGAAGCGGGAGUUGAAUUUGCAUACACAAACCAGCGCUCGAAAGUUUCAGAUUGGCCUGAGCAAUCCGAACAGUUUCGAACGCUUCUAAGUCGAGAUUGUUAUUUCAAGACGAGCGAAUAGUUAUCACGCGAUGAUGAUCUAUCGAGAGAGAAAGAUCGACGCGAAGAUCGACAAAUUCGAAGUCGAGGAAAAAUCGAUGGGACGUACAAUGUGAUAUCGCGACCGACGAUCUGAUGGGAUGGAAGUCAACGAGUCUACGUACGAGAGAAUAAACCGUCCGAUACUCAAGAUCAAUUUCUCCUCGAGUCUUGAGGAUCUUCCCGAACGUCAGCACAGCUUCGUCGAGUCGAAAACCGUCGUUUUGACCGUUCUCAAAGGUUUAGUCAUGAUCGGUAUUAUCGUCACAGCUCUGAUCGGCAACGCUCUCGUGAUCGCCAGCGUCAGAAGGCACCGAAAACUGCGAGUGCCCACAAAUCGGUACGUGGUAUCUUUGGCGAUGGCCGAUCUUCUGGUUGCGGUGUGCGCGAUGACGUUCAACGCUUCGGUCGAGCUUUCCGGGGGCAAAUGGCUGCUCGGGAGCUUCAUGUGCGACGUUUGGAACUCGAUGGACGUGUACUUUAGCACCGCGAGCAUUCUCCAUCUCUGUUGCAUCAGCGUCGAUCGGUAUUACGCGAUCAUCAAACCGCUCGAAUAUCCCGCAAUCAUGAGAACCGUGACCGUCACUGCCAUGCUGAGCAGCGCCUGGAUGCUGCCGGCUAUGAUAAGUUUCGUGCCAAUUUUCAUGGGCUGGUACACCACGCAGAUGCAUCUCAACUUUCGUCAGAAGAAUCCGCAGAUCUGCACGUUCGUGGUGAACCUGCCGUACGCGGUGGUCAGUUCCUGCGUGUCCUUCUGGAUUCCCGGCGUCGUGAUGAUUGUCAUGUACUACAAAAUCUACAAAGAGGCGAUCAGACAGAGAGCGGCUGUGAGUAGAGCGGGCAGCAGCACGGUGCUGAGCAAGAUUCACGCGCGACGAUCUUCUUCCGGGAGUUCCAGACAUAAUUCUAGAACAUCGCACCAACUGUUGCUACAGCAUCCGAGCGACGCCAGCAAUUACGAAAGACCGCUCUCUUGUAGAACCUCGGUGGCCGAGCUCAACGUUGAGAACGGCACCUCGAUACGACAGCAGACGAAAAGUUGGCGAGCCGAGCACAAAGCCGCGAGAACACUCGGUAUAAUCAUGGGGGCUUUUCUUCUGUGUUGGUUGCCAUUCUUCCUCUGGUAUCUGACGACGUCGUUAUGCGAGGCGUGUUAUUGUCCGGAUACCGUGGUGUCCGUGCUGUUUUGGAUAGGUUACUUUAACAGCGCUCUGAAUCCGCUUAUUUACGCGUACUUCAAUCGCGACUUUCGCGACGCUUUUAAGGACACGCUGAAGAGCGCUCUGCCCUGUUGCCCCGCUUGCUGGAAAACACCCUCGCAAUUUGUGUAGCGCAACAAAAUCUCGAAACGAAUUCCGCCCCCAUCGAAAAGCGAGUGCACUUUAUGUCUCCGACAAAGCCGACGAUUUAAAAAACAAAUUGGGUGAAAUGAAAUUUUGGUCAACAGAAAGAAAUGGAAGAGAUAGAGGAACUCUUUGCGAAUCGGAAAAUUUACGGCAAUGUCUGUUAGCGAGAGAAUUGUCGAGAGUGCAGUUCUGUAAAUUUGUUUCUCUAUUAGAGAAACCAACAAAAAUGUUAAUUAUUCGUAUAAAUCUGUUUUAUUUAAAAAAAAAAAAAAAAAAACAAGCUAACGCGAAGAAGAAACGAUAUCACGCG